AUGAAAUUCUUCAUCGCAUUCCUCGCCGUGUGCGCUCUGGCCGCCGCCGGGCCGGUCAACAAGCCAAACGACGCCAGCAACGCCGAGCUCGAGGCCAUCAUCGCCGCCAUCCAUAGCCCCAGCACCGACCCCGGCACCGCCGCCCUGCUCGAGCAGCAGCUGCAGGACAUCCUCGACAGCCUCAAGCCCGAGUACGAGCCCAUCGUCGUCGCACCCGCGGUCGUCGACCAGUACGAGCCCGUCAUAGUCGGACCCGCUAUCGUCGACCAAUUCGAGCCGAUCUCCGUCGGCCCCGCCAUCGUUGAGGACUUCGAGCAAAUCUCCGUCAGCCCCGCUGUCGUCGACGAGUCUGUUGUCAGCCCCGCCGCCGUCCAGGAUGCCCCCAAAGCCCUCAUUCAGAUCAUCAUCAACGUCGCCGGCUCCGGCGUGUCCGCCAGCCCGGUCCUCGUGGAGGAGAGUCCGGCCUCCAUCGACAGGCCCACCCCGGCCCAGACCCCCGAGGUGAUCGUGCCCGAGCCCGUCAUCGUUCCUGAGCCCGUUAUCGUCGUGCCCGAGCCCGCCAUCGUGCCGGAGCCCGUCAUCGUUGCCCCCGAGGUGAUCGUGCCGGAGCCCGUCAUCGUUGCCCCCGAGGUGAUCGUGCCGGAGCCCGUCAUCGUUGCCCCCGAGGUGAUCGUGCCGGAGCCCGUCAUCGUGGCCCCCGAGGUGAUCGUGCCGGAGCCCGUCGUCGAAGCCCCCGAGGUGAUCGUGCCCGACGGGGAUGGGGAAGAUGGGGUUGAUGACAACGGGCUCGGGCACGAUCUCGCUCUCGGGGAAGAGCUCAGGGACAACGACGACGGGCUCGGGCACGAUGGCGGGCUCGGGCACGAUCUCGGGGGCAACGACGACGGGCUCCGGCACGAUCACCUCGGGGGCCACGAUGACGGGCUCCGGCACGAUCACCUCGGGGGCCACGAUGACGGGCUCCGGCACGAUAACCUCGGGGGCCACGAUGACGGGCUCCGGCACGAUGGCGGGCUCGGGCACGACUAUAACGGGCUCAGGGACGAUGACGGGCUCGGGCACGAUCACCUCGGGGGUCUGGGCCGGAAUGGGCCUGUCGAUGGAGGCCGGGCUCUCCUCCACGACGACGGGGCUGGCGGAAACGCCGGAGCCGGCGACGUUGAUGAUGAUUUGGACGAGGGGAGAGCUAGCGACUGCGGCGGGAGCGGCUUCCUCGACGACGGCGGGGCUAACGGAGAUGGGCUGGUAUUCCUCAACGAUAGCGGGGCCAAUGGCGAUGGGUUGGUAGUUGUCAACGAUAGCGGGGCCAACGGCGAUGGGCUGGUAGUUGUCAACGAUAGCGGGGCCAACGGCGAUGGGCUGGUAGUUGUCAACGAUAGCGGGGCCAAUGACGAUGGGCUGGUAGUUGUCAACGAUAGCGGGGCCAACUGCGAUGGGUUGGUAGUUGUCAACAAUAGCGGGGCCAACAGAGAUGGGCUGGUAUUGGUCGACGAUAGCGGGGCCAACGGAGAUGGGCUGGUAAUUGUCGACAAGAGCGGGUCCAACGGCAAUCUCUUGGACGGCGGCGGAUUCAACGUCGACGAGAGCUGUAAAAUGAAAUUCUUCGCAUUCUUCGCUCUCUUCGUUGCGGCGUCCGCGCAGCCCGCGCAGGACCGCUCCGAGAAAUUCCUGCCGGGCGUCAUUAGCUCCAUCCUGGAGUCGCUGCAGAGACCACCAGCGGACUUCGGACCCGCCAUCGUCGAGGAGCCCACCCCCAUCUCUAUCGGCCCCGCUAUCGUUGAGGAGCCCACCCCCAUCUCUGUCGGCCCCGCCAUUGUUGAGGAGCCCAUCCCCAUCUCUGUCGGCCCCGCCAUUGUUGAGGAGUCCAUCCCCAUCUCUGUCGGCCCCGCCAUUGUUGAGGAGCCCAACCCCAUCGCCGUCGGCCCCGCCAUCGUCGAGGAGGCUCCCGCCUCAAUAGGAACUAGGGUUGUUGAGGAAGUGCCCGUGGAAGCUGGACCAGCCAUCGUCGAGCCCAUCUCUGUUGGACCCGCUGUCGUUGACAACUUCGAGCCCAUCUCUGUUGGACCCGCUGUCGUUGACAACUACCAACCCAUCUCUGUUGGACCCGCUGUCGUUGACAACUACCAGCCCAUCUCUGUUGGACCCGCUGUCGUAGACAACUACCAGCCCAUCUCUGUUGGACCCGCUAUCGUUGACAACUACCAGCCCAUCUCUGUUGGUCCCGCUGUCGUUGACAACUACCAGCCCAUCUCUGUUGGACCCGCUAUCGUUGACAACUACCAGCCCAUCUCUGUUGGUCCCGCUGUCGUUGACAACUACCAACCAAUCCUGGUCGGCCCAGCUGUUGUCGACAACUUCGAGCCAUCUCCCGUCGUCGGCAGCUCUCCCCUCGUCCAAGUCGUUCUCAACAUCAACAACGCUGAAUCUGGCUCCAUUGCUGGUAGCCCAGUAGCUAUCGAGGGUCUCCCCAUCAACCCCAGCCCCGCGGUCGUCACCGAGCCCAUCGUCCCCACCCCCGUCUCCGUGGUGGAAAGCGAGAUUGUCCCCACCCCCGUCGUCGUCGUGGACCACAUCGAGCCCACCCCCGUGCUCGUAGAGGAGAUCAUGCCCGAGCCCGUCGCCAUCGGCACCCCUGUCCUCCCCGCCCCCAUCAUCCCCGAACCCGUCGCCAUCCUCCCCGAGGAACUGAACUAA